AUGAUUCACAGAGACAAGCUUUUUCAAUAUUUUCCUUAAAUGGAAGAGCUAAAUACUUGGAACAGAAAUAAGGUGAUAAAUGAUAUAAUGCUUGACCUUUAUUCUGAGCAAGUUGGAUUUGAAGAUAACGAUGAAGAAUAAAUUCUUGCCAAGCUUUAAGAAUUAAGUUAACCUUUAAAGACAUUUUAUCUUCUACUGAGCGGAGAUAAUUCAAAGUUUCUCAGACCAAUACUGACGAAACUCGUUUUAUCAUUAAAAUCUAUUACUUAUUUGAAUUUACUACUAAAAGAAAAUAAAAAUAUUGAUGUUUAAUUCCUCAGAUCCAAGAUACUCCAGUUCCAGAAGCUCAGAUAUUUGUGUAUGAAUCUUAAUUUUACAGAUAUUGGAGCUUAAGGAUUGUAGGCUUUAUUCGAAGCUUUUGGCUAGUUAGAAAUUGAAUAAAUGCACUUUAACUUUUAGGGAAUGGGCAUAAAUAACAAUUCUUUUGGUAUUGAGUAUAUCAAGGGAGAGCUACUAAGAGAAUUCAAGUUGAAUCUAAGGUAAAAUAAGAUUGGAUAUGUGGGAUGCACUCACUUAGUCAAGGCCUUAUAGAAAAUGAAAAACUUGCUAACAUUAAAAUUAGAUUUAGGGGAUAAUCCAAUUAAAAAUAAAGGCGCUUCAGUUCUCUUUCAUGGAUUAUAGCAUUUUAAUUAGCUCAUUAAAUUGAAAGUUAUAUUAAAUCGCACAAAUAUAGAAAAUGAAGGUUUAAGCGAAUUCGAUACAUGCUUUAAUUAAAUAGGAUAAAAUUUGGAUAUUUUAGUUUUAGAUUUUGGGUCUAAUAAAAUCACUAAUCGUGAAGCUAUGCAUAUAGUAAAAAGCGUAUCCCUCUGUUAGAAUCUUACUUAACUAGAUUUAUGUUUUAAAAACAAUUAUUUGCAGCCAAAAGUUGGAGAAGAAAUUAAAAGGAUGCUCUAAUGUAUGAAUAAACUGAUUAGUCUCAGACUUAAUUUAAAAAGUUUCCAUUUAAGUAACCAAGAAGAUGAUUAAAACCCAGAAAACUGCAUAGGUUAAAUAGGUGCCUCAGAAAUAGCAAAAGGAUUAUAACAUUUAAAGCAUUUGAGAAUAUUAGACAUAGGGUUAAAGGGGAAUCAUGUAAUGAAUACUGGAAUUACUGAAAUUAGUUCAGUCAUUGCAAAAGUUAAAAGUUUAGAAAAAUUCUAAAUCAACUUAGCUGGAAACUAGCUCACUGAUGCAGCAUUGAUAUAAUUAUCUUUUGAUUUAGCUAACUAAUAAGAUUUGAAGUAUUUGCACAUUGAUUUAGGGUGGAAUAUGCUGCACUUUUCUAAUUGCUUUGAAGCUCUGUCAAACACCCUGAAGAGAUUAAAUAACUUGGAGACCUUUAACUUAAGUAUUAACCAUAAAAACAAAAUUUACUCAGAUUCAAUAGAAAAUUUAAUACCAGGAAUCAAAAGUUUGCAAAAUUUAAAGAAUUUUAGCUUAAAUGUAAUGUGGUGCAAAAUUAAAAUUAGGGGGUUGUAACUAGUCUCUGAUGCUAUAGCUCACCACCCUCAGUUGAUUUCUCUUGAUCUCAAUCUAGGAGGAUGUUAGAUUUGUGACAAAGGAAUGCUUUACCUCAAGAAUGGAUUAAGCUAAUUAAUUAACUUAAAAAAAUUGGUCUUAAAUCUCUAUCAUAACAAUUUGACAGACUAAGGUGCAGAAGAAAUAGGAUAAGCUCUUGAAAAAAUGCCUAAAAUUCAGAUGCUCAACAUCGAACUUAACUGGAAUAAUAUAGGAGACGAAGGGGCUGGCAGACUUGCUAAGGUUAUUGAGUAGAAGGGUAUUAAAAAUUUUGGAGAGUUGAAAAUUAGUUUGAGAAAUUCAUCAGUUUCACAACAAAAUGAAGAUGAGUUCAAAUAAUAUUUUGAGAAAUUCUAAGAAGAAAAUCCUUUUUCGUAGAAUAUUGAUAAAUUGCAUGAAAUAAAAGAAAAGUAUGUAUGUUGCUCUGGUUAAUUCUUUACACUUAGAAAAAUACAUAAAAAAGAACCCUUUAUUUUUGAACCAAUUAUCUUUUAUGGAAUUAAUAAUCCUAAUUUCCUAAUGAGCGCUAUUUCAAAAAUAGCGAAAGUUAUGAAUUAGAACAGUUUUGUCUUGAGUAAUGUCUUUGACGAAAAAGUGCUCCGCAAAGUGAGAAAGAAUACAUUUUAGAUUUAUGAAGUUAAAGGAGAUUACCAACUUUAGAGGGCUUCAUAAGAAACAAAAUUAAUUAACGAAAACGCCUUAUUGCAUAAACAGAACUAAUUUUUGCUUAAUCAAAACAAAGAAUAUGAAAAGAAAAUUAAAGAACUUCAAGAUAGAUUAUACAUGGCUGACGAGCAAAAGAGAAUCACAUAUGAACAUAUUGAAUCUCUUAACACCUAAAUUUAAACACUAAAUAUAAAUAACAGCUACCAUUCUAACUCAAGCAGCUCUCUAGGAAAUGGAAAUAUUACUAAUAAUACAAAAUGA